AUGAGACAUCUUGGGAUGCGAUUGGAGGCUCUGACUGGGAUUGGAGCAUGCACAGGAGAGAGCAGUUGCGGCAGUCAUUAUGAGGACAGGAUGGCGUUCGCAUUGCAAAAUUCAACGACUGAGGAGCAGCGAGGUGUUAUCCGAUUUCUGACAGCAAAAGGUGAGAAACCGGCAGCUAUUCAUCGCCAGAUGGUGACAGUUUACAGGGAGAAAUGUGUCUUUGACCUGUCUGUCGGAAAAUGGAGUGCCCAUUUUUGUGCAGGCCCUGAGAGUGUGGGUGAUGAUCCGAGACCAGGCCAGGCAAACACUCAUCACAAGCGAUCUCAUCGACAAGGCGGACAACCGAGAAGUGAUCGGCGUGUCACAUUGCGAAUGUUGGCUGUGAAGGUGGAUGUCAGCCACGGAACCGUGUGGAAAAUUGUUCACAACAGGUUGCGAUAUCGGAAAGUGUGUACCGCUUGGUUUCUGAAGCAGCUCACCGACCAGCAAAAGGAACUGCGUAUGGGGCUAGCACUGUAA